CUGCUUUUACUGCAAAGUGCUAAAUGACUACUCAGAUGUGUGAAUUAUUUAUAGUAUUCAUCUUUACAGAUAGGAUUCUGCUUCCAUCUACUGGCUGGCGAAUUUUACAACCUUCGGUACCACACAGAACAAUGACCUAAUAAUUUGGUUAAUCAUCACUGAACUGAUAAAAAAAAAAGCCAACUCACUAUUUAAAGAGAGAUUUUAACAACAGAUAAAGGGAUGGACUCCUUGCUACUGGUGUAGGAUCUAAGUCCAGGUAUACAGUAGGGACUGGGUCACCUGGCUUGCACUGCUUUUUUAUGAUCUCUCUAACAGUAAAAGCUUGACACAGGUGGUCGUUUCAAACCAAGCAUCAACCACAAUUGAAAACACUCAAUGAUGGACCCAAAUCAACAUUUGAAAAAGACAGCAGAGACAACACCUUCAGAGAAAAGGGGAACUAGAUGCUGCAAUGGAUUCAGGAUGUUCUUAGUAGCCCUGUCACUCAGCUUUAUGUCUAAGGCACUCGGUGGAGUUGUUAUGAAAAGUUCCAUCACUCAGAUAGAAAAGAGAUUUGACAUAUCAUCUUCUGUUUCUGGCUUAAUUGAUGGAGGCUUUGAAAUUGGAAAUUUGUUUGUGAUUGUAUUUGUGAGUUACUUUGGAUCCAAACUACACAGACCAAAGAUAAUUGGAAUUGGUUGCUUCAUUAUGGGAACUGGAAGUAUUUUGACUGCUUUACCACAUUUUUUUAUGGGCUAUUACAGGUAUUCUAAAGAAAGUCUUGUCAAUCCAUCAGAAAAUUUAACAACAAGCUUUUCAACCUGUUCCAUUAGUGAAAAUUUGUUAGUCAAUAGUACAUCACCUAAGAUAGUAGAAAAAGGUUGUGAAAAGGAAUCUGGAUCAUAUCUAUGGAUAUAUGUACUACUGGGUAAUAUGCUCCGUGGAAUUGGGGAAACCCCCAUAGUACCCUUGGGGAUUUCUUAUAUUGAUGAUUUUGCUGAAACAGGACAUUCUUCUUUUUAUUUAGGUACUUUGCAUGCAAUAUCAAUGAUUGGUCCAAUCAUUGGCUUUAUACAGGGAUCUUUGUUUGCUAAAAUGUACGUGGAUAUUGGAUAUGUAGAUCUCAGCAGUAUCAGAAUUACUCCUAAGGACUCUCGUUGGAUUGGUGCUUGGUGGCUUGGUUUCCUUGUGGCUGGACUAUUAUCCAUUAUGUCCUCCAUUCCAUUCUUUUUCCUGCCCCAAAAUCUGGAUAAACCACAGAAAGAAAGUAAAGAUUUAGAAUCUUCGCAUUUCCCCAAAACAAAUGAGAAAAGAAGUCAAAUAGCUAAUGUGACCAACCGUGGGCAAAAUAUUAGUGAAAAUAUAACUGAUUUUUUCCAGUCCUUGAAAAGCAUCCUUACCAAUCCCCUAUAUGUUAUAUUACUGUUUUCAUCAUUGCUACUGUCCAGCAGCCAUAUUGGUGCUAUUACUUAUGUCUUCAAAUACAUAGAGCAACAGUAUGGUCAGUCAGCAUCUGAGGCUAACAUUUUUCUUGGAACCAUAACCUUACCAACUGUUGCAACUGGAAUAUUUACAGGAGGAUAUAUCAUUAAAAAAUUCAAACUUAGCUUGCUUGGAAUUGCCAAAUUAUCAUUUUAUACCAGUGCAUUGGCCCUCAUAUUUCAACAAUUCAACUUUGCAGUAAUUUGUGAAAGCAAAUCAGUUGCUGGCCUAACAUUGACCUAUGAUGGAAAUAAUCCAGUGGCAUCUCACAUAAAUGUACCACUUUCUUAUUGCAACUCAGACUGCAAUUGUGAUGAAAGUCACUGGGAACCUGUCUGUGGAGCCAAUGGAGUAACUUACAUGUCACCUUGUCUAGCAGGUUGCAAAUCUUCAAGUGGCAAUAAAAAGUCUAUAGUGUUUUAUAACUGUAGUUGUGUGGAAGUAACUGGUGUCCAGAACAAAAAUAAUUCAGUGAAUUUGGGUGAAUGCCCAAGAGACAAUAAUUGUACAAAAAAAUUUUAUAUUUAUGUACUGGUGCAAGUCUUGAAUUAUUUUUUCUCUUCAUUGGGAAGCACCCCAACUAUCAUGCUGGUUUUUAAAAAUGUUCAACCUCAGCUGAAAUCCCUUGCAGUGGGUUUCCAUUCACUAACUAUACGAGCAUUAGGAGGAAUUCCAGCUCCUAUAUACUUUGGGGCUCUGAUUGAUAAAGCAUGUAUGAAGUGGUCUACCAGCAGCUGUGGGAAACGAGGGUUUUGCAGGUUGUAUAACUCCAGAUUAUAUGGAAAUACCUACUUGGGCUUGAUUGUGAGCUUAAAAUUUUCAGCACUUAUUCUGCUUGUUGUAUUAAUUUUCACUAUGAAGAAAAUAUAUCAAGGAAAAAAUACCAAGGCAUCAGAAAAUGGAAGAAAAGAUAUGAAUGAAGCAAACUUAGAACUCUUAAAUAAGGAUGGAUAUUUUGUACCUUCUUCAGACAAUGAAGCACAUAUGUAAGGGGAAGAAAAAAAUAUGUUGCUGUGUUUUACACUAACAUUGUAUUAAAGUAGUAGGAUGUUA